AUGCCUCCUGCGAAGCGACCCAAGCUGGCCGCCCUGGCCACGCCAACCUCUGGCAACUUCCCGUCCGAUGCCCUCCUGUCUGCGUCGUCAGUCCGCACCCCCCACUCGGCCUCCAUCAAGGGCCCCUUGCAGUCAGCAGGUCUCUACUCGGCCGGCCUCCCGUCCGCCGGCCUCCCGUCCGCCCCUUUCGAGUACCCCCCAACACCCAGCAUGCUGUCGGGCAAGCAUGAGGACCGGCCAGAGCCCACCCCCAUCACCCCGCCCCUGGCCUACAUGGACUUCCUCAAGACAAUCAGCGUCGCGAGCCCCUCGGUCGCGAGCCCCUCGGCCGCGAGCCCGCCCCUGACCGCGCCCCUGAUGCCCAAGGCCCCGCUCACCCGGUCCUCCACCACCGCCAGCACCGCCAGCACCGCCAGCACCGCCAGCACCGCCACCUGCAAGUCAGAAGAUGAGCCCGCCGAGGCCGCCGCCGCCGACGUCGACCUGGACAGCGCCCCCACCACCGCCGGCACCGAGUCCACAGACUGCAGCUGCUCCUGCGAGCUCGUGCACAAGCCCGCCAGGCCUGCCCACAUCUCGGUUGCCCAGCCCGCAUCCCCGCUGGUGACAAUGCCCCUCUCCGCGCCUGCAAGCGGGCCCACCACCUUUCCAAGCCUCCGCAUCCCGCCAAGCCCGGCCGUCGACAGCCCCGUGCGGUCGCCAUACAGCGCACGGAGCAUCAAGAGCCCCUUCGACUGGGACGCAGCCCUCAAGGCCAAGAGGUACGCCGAUGUGAAACCCCCAACCUCGGCCGUGGGCUCCGGGGCAGCCCACUCGAGCCGCUGCGACAAGGGCAAGAGCGUGAGGCACAUCAGGGAGGUCGUCACAAGGACUGUCACGUACACGCCGAGGAUGGAUCCGGCGCCCAAGGGGAAGAGGAGGAAGGUCGAAUGA